GCCACCGCUCCGCCACCGCACCGCCACCGCCCCGCCGGGCCGCAGCAGAACUGUGAGGCAGAGUUUGGUAUGAUACCAUGGAAGGGCAGCACAACCACCCACAUCAUCUAGGGGACCAGAACAACCCUCUGUGCAAGCUGCCAGGGCAGGAAUUCCAGCAUGACCCUCAGAGGCAGCUGACGGCGUUCCCGUACCGCUGCACCCUGGCAGACUUCCAGGUGGAGAAGAAGAUCGGGCGAGGCCAGUUCAGCGAAGUCUACAGAGCAACGUGUCUGCUGGACAGAAAGCCUGUGGCGUUAAAGAAAGUGCAGAUUUUUGAAAUGAUGGAUGCCAAGGCUAGGCAAGAUUGCAUUAAGGAAAUUGACCUCCUGAAGCAACUGAACCACCCCAACAUCAUUAAGUAUUUGGACUCUUUCAUCGAAGACAACGAGCUGAACAUUGUCCUGGAGCUGGCUGACGCCGGAGACCUCUCCCAGAUGAUUAAGUAUUUUAAAAAGCAGAAACGGUUAAUCCCGGAAAGGACGGUGUGGAAAUAUUUUGUGCAGUUAUGCAGUGCAGUGGAACACAUGCACUCCCGCAGGGUGAUGCACAGAGACAUAAAACCAGCCAACGUGUUUAUAACAGCCACAGGGGUGGUGAAGCUGGGAGAUCUUGGAUUAGGCCGGUUUUUUAGUUCUAAAACCACUGCAGCACAUUCCUUAGUGGGAACUCCCUACUACAUGUCCCCGGAGCGAAUACACGAGAACGGCUAUAACUUCAAGUCUGAUAUCUGGUCCCUGGGCUGUUUGUUGUAUGAGAUGGCAGCUCUGCAGAGUCCCUUCUAUGGAGAUAAAAUGAACCUGUUUUCUCUUUGCCAAAAGAUAGAGCAAUGUGACUACCCACCUCUUCCAGCUGAACAUUAUUCUGAAAAGCUGCGGGAACUGGUCAGCAUGUGCAUAUACCCCGACCCAGACCAGCGGCCCGACAUCGGUUACGUGCACCAAAUAGCCAAACAGAUGCACGUGUGGACCUCGAGCACAUGAGCGGCCGCGGCGCCAGCACAGCUCAGUCUUACUUGAAUCCUUUUCUCCGCUGCCGGCGCCUGGUGCAGCUCACACAGGUGGGAGGGUGAGCACUCACAGCAGAGGCUCCAUCAUUUGCAGGUUAUUUGACAAGGACUCUUACAGGUGGUCGUUGCUUUAACGUGAAGAUUCUGUGAGGUAUUGCAAGUGAUUCUUUUAUUUUUUAUUUUUAAGGCCAAUAACGUUACGGAUGUAGAUCAUUUAAGGGUCCUUUCUUCAAACUGUCGUGUGUAAUCUAGGAUAGCCGAUAUUACCGAGGGCUCGGCCUUUGCCAGACCUUCUAUCUUAACUGUAAUGUGAAAUAUUGAAAUAAUUCCUUCAGUGAAAUCACUUUAUACUAAUGUAAGAAUUACCAUAGAUUUUGUGUAAUUUGUAUAACUGCUACUUUGCCUCUUCUGCAAAUGGUUAAUAGCAAAUUCAGUUUUUACUUGGUGUAUUUUAAAGCAGCCAUUUAUGUGUUUUUAUUAAUUCCCUCCUCUUCAGACUUAGAAACUGGGAAGGGUUGGGGGGUGGGGUUUCUUUUUUUUUUUUUAAUUGUAAACUUUGUGUAUUUUGCUGAUGCCUUUCUGUCAGAGAUGAGUUAAACAUGAACCUGGGGAAAAGAAGCCAAACAUGCCAAGCAAGCCCAAGCCAGCCUUGCUCCUGCAGAGAAUUGCUCCUUACCCUCAUUUUCCCUUUUGGAAUGGCUCUUCUCAGCCUCCAGGUUCUUGUUUAAAACCAGUGUUGAUCGAAGCCAGUUCGAUUUUGGUGCAGAGACUUUUACACAUUCAGUAGUACAUCGGGUACUAUCAGUGGAACUUCAGCAGUGUUUUAAACACUUGGAAAAUUUUUUUAAAAUAAAUGAAAUGCUUUGUGUAUGGAAUUCUGCAUAGGAUCAGCCCCGUCCCUCAAACUGUGAAAGCUCAUUACAGAAUGUGAAUGUCUAUAAAUCUCAACCUGAUCUGAAGGAGUCAUCGUCUCUAACUGCAUGAAAAUUGUCAACAGCUAAAUUCAUUCAUUGAAUCAAUGAUUUGUGUCAUUACUGCCGAUGGAAAUAUUCACUGCUUCAGGAACAGCCGUGGAUUCACGUUCCAGUGUUUCCAUUCCAUGUGCCUGUCGGAGGAGCGGGGCUGUGCUCGGUGUUCCUGAGGAAACCCCUCAGCCUGUGCUGCUCCAGCGCCGGCUCCGCGUGUGCCGGGGGCUCGUGCCGACUGUACCUUUGUGUGUGACACUUCAAAUGCAGCCUGUGCCGCCUUUUGGGGUUUUUUUUUUUUAAGGAAAGCUUACAAUCCUUAAUUGUUUUUGAACUAAGAUUAGGGUUAGAGGGUUACAUACAUAUAUAUGCUUUUAGUGGAUUUUUUUAACCUAAUUUGCUCUACUUAAAGGAAAACCGCAGUGCCGUCUUCAGCUACUUCGUAGCAAUUUGGGAAUGUUUUUAUAGGGUACCAAGAAAAGCCGUUAAUUGCUGUGAAUAAGGUUGGCAUCAUUAAUGCAAGGUGCCAUUUUACUGGGGCUUCUCAGCAGAAAGCUGAGGGUACUGCUCUCAGGAGAGAGUCAGGAAAUUUAAAUCAUCGUGGAGGCACCAAAUUGCUCCCACCAUUCCCGUGUCAACCAGCUUGGUUAUAAUUUAUACCCAACCUCUCGAGCACUUGUCAGGUGUGACCUGAACCUGUCCCCUUGCACUGCAGCUUUCCUUGAGCCGGGGCUGCAGCUCCAUGGCCAGAGGGAGGGUCGGGCUGGAAAAGGAUCAGCGGCUUCCAGGGAAGCUCAGCUCACAGAUGAGGAUCUGGAGAAGUCUGGUCACUUUCUUGCUACAUAAAAUUUCUUAGUGCUUAUAAGGAAAUGUAUUUCAAAAGGUAAUUUUUUGCAAUUGUGCAUUUUUAGAUAAAUAAAAAAAAUUAUUUCCAAAAUAAACAUCUUUGUUUAAAAAACUAAAAA